AAGGGGGAGGAGCUAGCCGUAGCCGCGAGUCCAUUUUGAGGCUGUGCUUGGCGCGUACCGUGCGGUUCCUGUAGCUGGAGGACGGGCGGUCGCGCGGCCUCUCCCACUCGCCGGAGUAGCCUCUAGUUCGUUAGUCAAAACGUGAAAAAAAAGACCUGCUUUGCCCUGGGAAAUAGUAACCCUGCCAAAUACAUCACCUUGUAGGAGACGGAGGAUGUGAUGGAGCUGCUUGAAGAAGAUCUCACGUGCCCUAUUUGCUGUAGUCUGUUUGAUGAUCCACGGGUUUUGCCUUGCUCCCACAACUUCUGCAAAAAAUGCUUAGAAGGUAUCUUAGAAGGGAGUGUGCGGAAUUCCUUGUGGAGACCAGCUCCAUUCAAGUGUCCUACAUGCCGUAAGGAAACUUCAGCUACUGGAAUUAAUAGCCUGCAGGUUAAUUACUCCCUGAAGGGUAUUGUGGAAAAGUAUAACAAGAUCAAGAUCUCUCCCAAAAUGCCAGUAUGCAAAGGACACUUGGGGCAGCCUCUCAACAUUUUCUGCCUGACUGAUAUGCAGCUGAUUUGUGGGAUCUGUGCUACUCGUGGAGAGCACACCAAACAUGUCUUCUGUUCUAUUGAAGAUGCCUAUGCUCAGGAAAGGGAUGCCUUUGAGUCCCUCUUCCAGAGCUUUGAGACCUGGCGUCGGGGAGAUGCUCUUUCUCGCUUGGAUACCUUGGAAACUAGUAAGAGGAAAUCCCUACAGUUACUGACUAAAGAUUCAGAUAAAGUGAAGGAAUUUUUUGAGAAGUUACAAUACACACUGGAUCAAAAGAAGAAUGAAAUUCUGUCUGACUUUGAGACCAUGAAACUUGCUGUUAUGCAAGCAUAUGACCCAGAGAUCAACAAACUCAACACCAUCUUGCAGGAGCAACGGAUGGCCUUUAACAUUGCUGAGGCUUUCAAAGAUGUGUCAGAACCCAUUGUAUUUCUGCAGCAGAUGCAGGAGUUUAGGGAGAAAAUCAAAGUUAUCAAGGAAACUCCUUUACCUCCCUCUAAUUUGCCUGCAAGCCCUUUAAUGAAGAACUUUGAUACCAGUCAGUGGGAAGACAUAAAACUAGUCGAUGUGGAUAAACUUUCUUUGCCUCAAGACACUGGCACAUUCAUUAGCAAGAUUCCCUGGAGCUUUUAUAAGUUAUUUUUGCUAGUCCUUCUGCUUGGCCUUGUCAUUGUCUUUGGUCCUACCAUGUUCCUAGAAUGGUCAUUAUUUGAUGACCUGGUAACUUGGAAAGACUGUCUUUCAAACAUCAGUUCCUAUCUGACUAAAUCAGCCGAUUUUAUAGAACAAUCAGUUUUUUACUGGGAACAGGUGACAGAUGGGUUUUUCAUUUUCAAUGAAAGAUUCAAGAAUUUUACUUUGGUGGUACUGAACAAUGUGGCAGAAUUUGUGUGCAAAUAUAAACUAUUAUAAAAUCUGUUU